AUGGCUCUGCAGGCGCUGAACGUGAGCGUGGUGGAGGUGUCGGCGGGCUGCGUGGGGCAGGGGAACCUCAGCGUGGAAGUGAGCGACUACAACAUCAGCUGCACGAACAGCUCCGUGCUCUCCAGACCGAGCAGCAAAGUCCGAGAGAUGUCCCUGUCGCUGCGCAUCCUGCUCUACUCGCUCAUCUUCCUGCUCAGCGUCUUCGGCAACCUGCUGAUCAUCGUGGUGCUGAUCCUGAACAAGCGCAUGCGGACCGUCACCAACUCCUUCCUGCUGUCGCUGGCGGUCAGCGACCUCAUGAUGGCCGUCUUCUGCAUGCCCUUCACCCUCAUCCCCAACAUCCUGGAGGACUUCAUCUUCGGCGGCGCCAUGUGCAAGACCGUCUCCUACUUCAUGGGGAUCUCUGUCAGCAUCUCCACCUUCAGCCUCGUGGCCAUCGCCAUCGAGAGAUACAGCGCCAUCUGCAACCCGCUGAAGUCCCGCUCGUGGCAGACCCGAUCCCACGCCUACCGCGUCAUCGCCGCCACCUGGAUGGUUUCGCUGCUCAUCAUGGUGCCCUACCCGGUGUUCAGUGUCCUCAGGUCUUUCCCCAAGAACAACAUCACUGUCGGUCACAUGUGUCGCCUGGACUGGCCCAGCCCGCCAGCCGAGCAGACCUGGUAUGUGCUGCUGCUGUUCACUCUGUUCUUCAUCCCGGGAGUGGUGAUGAUUAUAGCCUACGGUCUGAUCUCCCGAGAGCUGUACCGAGGCAUUCAGUUUGAGCUGGACCAGAACAGAGAGAGCGCCGGCCAGAAGAACGGCGUCGGACGGGCUCUCACAGGGUCCAACGAUGACGACGACGGUUGCUACAUCCAGGUGUCUAAAAAACCCGCCUCGGCUGUGGAGCUCCCCACGCUCUCUGCCUCGUCCGGCGCCGCCCAGGCCAAGACGGAGCGCCCGCGCAGCAACACCUCCGAGGCCAAGCUGCAGGCCAAGAGGCGAGUCAUCCGCAUGCUGAUGGUGAUCGUGGCGCUCUUCUUCAUCUGCUGGAUGCCGCUGUACUCGGCCAACACCUGGAAGGCCUUUGACCUGAGGUCGGCCUCCAGAGCCCUCACCGGAGCGCCCAUCUCCUUCAUCCACCUGCUGUCCUACACCUCGGCCUGCGUCAACCCCAUCAUUUACUGCUUCAUGAACACGCGCUUCCGCAAGGCCCUGCUGUCCACCUUCGCCUGCUGCUGCCGCAACCGGCUCUGUCGCCACUGCCGCUGGGGAAAGAGGAGGGAGGCGGGAGAAGACGGCAUCACCGCCACCUCGAUGGCCACCUCCAUGGCAACGUCCAUGUCCAAGUUCAGCUACACCACCGUGAGCACCACCGGCACCUGCUGAGCCUCGGCAGGAGAGCCGGGCGUUCGCAUCAGUGUCUGUCGGGAAGCGGUCGCCGUGUGCGCGCCGUCUGUUUUUUUGUUUUCUCUUCAAUCUUCUGUUUUUCACUCUGCAUCUUAAUAUGAGUCACGCGCUGAGUAACAUCCCUGCCCUCGUUCAUGAGGCCUUUUUUUUUUUUUUUUUUUAAAGGUCUCCUUCAAAUUCUGUGUGCAUGGUUGCAGGAUGGUGACAUUCUAUCUUCUUCUUCUUCUCCUGUUUAAGUGGCAGCAUCCGCUUUGUCGCAUCCUGAAGAGAACAUCAAGUGCCUGUGCUCUCUGUGUGGCUUCGUUCGUCAUGGUAGUCAACGUCCACUGGCUCGGACAGACGAUUUAGUGAAAAAAGAAAAAAAGAAAACUACGAUAGAAGAUAUGAAUCUUGUGUACCUGUGAACACUGUCUUCAUGCUCUUACCGUACCAAAGGUUAUUUUUUUUAAACUUUUUUUGACGGACACACUGUUGAACAACGAGGACUCUUUCACUCAGUAAUGAAUCAGUGUGGACGUCAGCUCCGUUUGUGUUUAAUGUUCAUCUGUAUUCAUUCAGGGCUUCUCUCUCUCUGAAAUAUUUGUGCGCCAAGAAAUAAUCCUGUUUAGUCCGAGCCUCUUGCUAUGGGCUGACUUUUUUUGUUUCGCUCUCACUGAGCUAUGUUUCAUCAUCCUCGUGUGUGUAAAGCCGAUUUUUCACCAAAAUCCAUUCGCAAGGGUGUUUCGGGGAUGUUUUGACCCUUCUCAGCACCACUUUCUGAUUCAGCCUGAUAAAGCAGGCGCAUGUAAACAUCUCAAAGAUAAACAUUUAGGAACUGUAGCUUCUCGGCGGGCAUAAAUAAGAGAACUUGGUUUGGAAUGAGGCAAUUUUCUUGCAGCGUAACAAACUGGGAUCAAACAGGUUUGGUCAUGGGACUUUAACUUCCUGCUGCCACUGCUGCAGAUGUACGCUGAAUACUGAUGCAGACAUCAGGGUGAGAAUCAGCAGAGGAAGAGCAGAUAGACAGUCCGUCCAUCCAUUAAAGGCUCAUGGCACCUGCCCUGCUGCUCCAGUUCACCCCGGCUAAAAGAGGCAGAGAAGCUUUAGUCAAACUCACCUUUUUUUUUUUUUUUUUUCUUUUUGCUCAAUUAUCUCUGUGCCAUUUUUAUGUUCUCCCUCCGCCUUCCGCUUCAGUGCUGCCAAUUACUCUGAGCAUUACCUCAGUACAAAGGCCCCCCGUCUGCAGGCUAAGACUAACGAGGUGUUUCUCAGGGACCCUCCCCUGCUGUGCAGAUCUCGUGUGAAACUGAUGACAAAAGGCUCCCUUAAUGGGCCAAAUCUGAGCCCUUUGGUUCUUUAUUGAGGUGAAUUAAGCAAAAACAACAUUUAAAAAAAAAAAAAAAAACACACACACACACACACACACACACACACACACAGAGGUAUUGUGGAUGAAAGCUUAUUUGAAUUAGGUGAGAAGAUCGAAACCAUUCUCAUAUUUGUAUGUUAGAUAUGAAGCUCGAGCUGAGAGAUGUUAGCGCAGCCUAAAAAAAGAAUUUACCACCAGCACUUAGAUUGUGGUGUCAUAUGCUUGACAGCCACACUGAUGCUUUAAAGCUAAAGUUUUUGGAUAUUUGGGGUGCUAUGCUUAUUUUAUUUCUGGCGGAGAAAGCCGGAGCCGAUCCCAGCCGACACUGGGCGACGGUCCCCCGAUAAGUCGGCAGUUCAUCACAGGGCUGAAAGAAAAAUCAUUUAAAAUCAAACUUUUAAUCACAAGUUUAAUCAUUUAGCAACAUUACAGCCAAGCUCCAGUUUGGACCGCUACAUAAACGACUAACUGAGGUAACCAGCUGAUGGCAGCGACAGUUAGCAGCAGUUAGCGGUUCAACAGUAUGAACAGGCGGCCAGUUCUUACAUAUUGCACGUUUAAAUGCCCACUGACUCAUACAUACACAUCACAAACACAGCGUUGAGGCAGAUUUGUUCAAUUUCUUCAACAAUAAAUAGACUUUUGAUGAGAGGACAUAAUGUUCAUGAAUAAUAUAGGAAUUCCCAUCAAAAUCAUGCAUGACUUUAUUAGGAAAUGCAAAAUAUGGACAUGAUAAUGUUGGUGGAUAAUGUAACACCCUAUUCAGAUCUAAAGUAGACUCCAGAUUUUUGUCAUUUUGCCUCUGCAGCACAAAAGUAUCUGGAUUUGUGUCGCAGCGUGAUGUAAUACUGUUGUCCUACAUACGGUGCAGUCGACAGCUUAGCGCUGUCACUUCCCAUCACUUUCAAGUUUGUUCGUCUUUUUUUUUUUUUUAUGUCCUCCCAUUGCUGAGCAGCCCCUGUCCACGCUGCCCCGCCACCCACCCACCCACCAUCCUCCUUUUUAUCAUAUUUCAGUGCAGAGGCGUGUGAAUACAUGAAUGACAAUAGCAUGCGGGUGACAGCUAAGAUCUGCAGGCACAGGCACUGUCCGAGAGCAGGUUUUCAGGCGGUGCCAGGGGUUGGAAGACGACUAGUACAUAAAAAUCCCCGACAGAGCCGCUCUUGUAAACACUUCGUUCCGGCGGCCUCCGCACUGUUUCUGCUUUGUUGAUUAAGGCAGGAGACACUGAGUGAUUUCCAUAGUUUUGCCAGCACCCGAGAACAGGAGCUGAGAUUUAUUCCGGCCCCUGCACCGCUGGACCUCCAUUAAAUGUGCGUCGAUCCAAUUAUGUUUGAAACAUAAUGGCACUGCGGCGUGUUAAAUGACCAAAGCCGAGGACCGAAAAAAGGCGAUUCGUCUUGCAAACAAAAGUUGGUAUUGUUUCAUCAUCCAUAAACGCGUAGGUGUAAAAUCUCAGCGUCUGCAGUCGUGUGUUAUUAAAGACAGACGAAACAUCAAGGUAACACGGCUCACUUAAAGUUUUAGGGAAAGCCUCCUGGACAGGCUGCGAUCUGCUAUUGAGAAUGUACUGUUUUGUUGAAUUUGAAAUGUUUCGCUGUUCAAUUUCAGCAAGCCAGCAGGUUCAGGUAUGAAUAUAUGAAAUGAACAAACCAACCAGUCUUAGAGCCGUAACUGUCUCAUUUUCAUACCGUCAGAGUCGAGCCAGUUUUCUCAGCACACUUAAAGUAACUAGAGCCCAAUUACUCAUUUCAGGUCAUGCUUGGAGUUUGGCAUUGUUAAGUAUUGUAAAGCAUUGUUAAUACUAUAUAUACCAGAGAGGCACACAGAGAUGAUCUUUAAAAAUUUGCAAUCAUUGAACCAAACCUCUUAAAACAUUGGACUCGUGUUUAACGGUCCGCAAGUUACACGGAGCAAGCGAGCAACAGCUAACAUGCCUUCAUCCAACACAGCCAAGCUUCCAAAUGUUUUAUACAUCCUGUGUAAAAAGUGUAAAAUCAAUGCGAGUUAAAAUAUUCAAAAUCCUUGUGCUGUCAGGCUUUCUGUAUCCCCUACAGCUUACAGUAAAGCUACGCUAACUAAGCUGCUGGCUUUAGCUUCUGAUUUAUUGCACAGACACAAGAGUGGUAUCAAGGUUUUCAAUUUUUACUCUGGAAAAAAAAUAUAUAUGUAUAUUUUCGCCAGAUAUGGAGUUAUUCCUUUAAGGCUAAGAGUGCCACAGAAAUUGGUACUAAAACCUGGAAACAAGUUAGCAUUUUUGCACCUCCAUUUUACUCAUGUCGAAGUCAGCAGGUUUACCGAAUGGGUUUCUCCCCCCCGAUGCAAAACUGUGCUCGUUAUUGAAAAAAGUCUCCUGAAAGAGUUGGAGUUUCACAGGAAGUUUUAAAGACUCCUGAAACACAAGGUAAAAUGCCCCCCCUCCCCCCAGGGGUGAGAAAUCUAAUUCUUAGCCUCUCCCCAGAAUAAUGCCUGAUGCAAAUUGAAACUGAAAUGAGACGGAGGCAUGGGACCGUACACACAGUCGGUUUCGCUCUUAUCGCUACCUCCCCAAAACAAGAAUCCCAUUAGGUGCUUCAGACGGCACACAAGGAGGCAAAAAAACCAAAAAACAGCAAACCUCAUUUGGCUCAUUAGCGCCGAACGCAAUGCAUGAAACAAAUUCCUGUCAACGCGGGACACUGAAGAAGUGACAGCAGAAGAUAUAAACUAAACCGCAGUGUCAUCAUUCAUCAGUGUCACUUUUAUGGCAGUGAAAUAGAAGCCUAUUCAUUUUUGUGAUGUGUUACUGGAGUCACUUGUCAACGCCAUAAAUCAGUCCAUAGACCAUAUUCACAUGGUGGCCAUUUUCCUCUGACAUCUCACUCGAGAGUGGGAAGCUCGUAAUACUUCAUUGCUUCCAGUUUACAAGUUAUAUAAAUGUGUGGAAUCAGACAAACUGAUAGAUUAGCGACUGAAGAGAGAUGAUGGAUAUUGAAAAUUUGGGCCAAAACAACUGAUUUGAAAUGCUUGUUUGCAUUCAACCACUUCCGAGUUAACAUUAUGGUUUGAUUACACUUGUGUUUCACCUCCAGGUUUUAUGAAAUAUGUCCAAGAUGUGAGUCGGUGAGGAAGGUAGUACAUGUCGUUUAGCAUUUAAAUGUCCGAUUUCCCUCCCGAUUUUCCCUAUCUAUUGUCUACUCUGAAAUAAUUACUCGAAUAAUUUAGAGUCCCUGAGCUCAUUCGACUCUCAGCUUGCAACGCUAUCUCAACCAAAGUGUCCCACCCUGAACGUAGCCUCAGAGGAAAAUGGCCGCCGCCUUCAUACUAUUUGCUCCUGCUCAGUUGAAGGUGCACUAUGUAAGAAUGAGCCACCUGUUGGAUUCAGACUUCAACAAAUGGAGAUCAGCAUAUCACCAAAGUGACCGCUAACUGCUGCUAAUGGCAGCUGCUGGUAGUUAGUUAGCUCGGUUAGCUGUGAAGCUAGUGGUGCGUUUAGCUGACUCCUGUAUGCCUGGACGGGGAGCACGGGGAGUGUUGGUGCUAUCACUGCUGCACAGGAGCCUUGGACUGCUGGGGCUAACUGUUAGCAUGCUAACUUGUUUAUUUACAUUCUGUUGAUAAUCUUAAUUUUUUCAAGUCAGAAUUUUUUUUCAUGUUUUAAAUUAGAAUUUAAUAAUAAGAAUUUAAUAGUUUCUGCAAGCAUCAAUUAGCUCUGAAAGCUCGUUAAGCUGCUCGUUAUGAUUUUGCUCCUCUAAUUUGAUUUCACUGUUUUCACUUGAACUGAAGGAUUACACUGUGCUCACCUUGGGUUUAUAUAUUCCUCUGAAAUGCAGCAAAUAAAGCUGCUUUUCUCAGGACCUUAAAAGUUGACUACAGGGAGUUAAAUAUUAAGCCAACUGCAAAACCCUCAUAAGUAAAUCAGUAGAGGUUGUUUCUUUAUUAUUUCAAAUGCCUACCUGGAGGGCGGCUGCCAGUAGGACUCGCUCCAGCUGGAUUUUUUUCUUCUUCCAUAGAAUAAUUAAUAACUGCAAAAGAGAGAUUUCUGUAGUUUGCCUGAGGCACAGAGUGAGUUUUUUUGUUUUGGCCUCCAGGUUCUGUACCUGAGUGUUACUGCAAAAGGCAGUCAGGGUUUUCAGAGAAUCUGCUGUUCCUUUUCAUGUCUUUGUUUUGUUCCUUUUUUUUUUUUUUUUUUUUUUUACAGAGUAUGUCCUUGUCAAGAGGGAGAAUGCCUCUUUCCCUGCUCUUUUCAAGACUACUCUUAACACCUUUUUUUUCAAGAGAGAGAAUUUUUAAGUGUUCAUAUUUAUGUCAAGCUUCAAGGAGGAAAAAAAGAAAAAAAAAAAGCUUGGUGAGUACACAGAGUGAGAAGAUGCCGGGGUGAAGAGCGGCCGCGGCUCGAGGUGAUGAAAUCUUAUAUUUAGCUCUUAUUAGCAUCGGAAACAUUUCCCUGAUGGUGAAGCUGUCUGUGUUUGUGCGUCUACAUGAGAUAAAUGUUUACCAAAGCAGCCUCCAGGUCUGCUGAGAUACUUUUUUUUUUUUUUUUGCCACAUCUGGUGCCUGCUUGUGCUACUUUGUAAUACUAUAAGACGUGUAAUUGUCUGUUAGCUGAAACAAGAUUUUGCUCUCGUGUCCGGGAGAGGUUUAAAUGUGAGGUUAUCGGUGUUUGUGGUGUUUUGCUUUUUCGCUGUAUCGCCAGUACGAUGUGACUGUGAUGAUUGUUUUUCAUGCCGAAGUGUCCAUUUAUUUAACGGAGAAUAAAACACCGGGAAGAAAG